UUUACAGGUCGUGAUGCUUCUUUAGCAUUCAUUACUGGAGAAUUUAAUAAUCAAGGUUUAACCGAUGAUAUAUCUACUUUAUCAGUGCAACAAGUCAAGGCAUUAAAUGAUUGGUUACAAUUUUAUAACACAAACUAUGUCUACAAAGGAAAAUUAUAUGGUAAAUAUUAUAAUCGAGACGGUAGUCCAACUGCAGAAUUUUAUAAAGUACAAGAAAAGGUAUUGCUCGCAAAGAAGGAGAAAGCAUUGGAGGAAGAACAAGAUAGAAUUCCACCUUGUAAUGUAGAAUGGAAUCUUGAUACUGGUACUAUAUUCUGGUGUACUAGAAAAAGUGGUGGAAUUGACAGAAAUUGGAUCGGUGUGCCAAGAAUGCUGUUCGAAACUGCAAGCACUAAAAGUUCAUCUAGAUGCAUUUGUGUUAAUCUGAAUAGUAAGGAAUACAAAGAGAAUAAAGCUAAAUUUCGAGAAUAUGAUGGCUGUGAUAAAUUUGCAACAAAAUGCAUUUUGAAGACAACUAAGACGUGAUGUAAAAAA